GUUAAGCUUCAUUUGAGCUUCAUUUCAUGUUGGCAGCUUUGCUGUUGCUGGUCUUUAUUUUCCCGCCUCCGCUUCUGUCAGAUGUUGUUAUUGUUGUUGACCAGUUUGAUUUGUUAUUUUGUUUAAUUUAGGCUUCAAAAUUUUGUCCUGUCCAUGAGAGAAAAUUUUUGUAUCCAUUUUUAAUACAUUUUUUAAAUAUGGAUGAAGAGGACGCAGACGCACAGAACGAACCAGAGGUUAUCGACUUGAGUGACGACGAUGAAAAAGACGUCGACUUAUACUACAGCAUUGCCAAAGAAUACGAAUUGUCCUGCAACAUUUCGAUAGCAAAACGCAAUGCCCUCUCAUCAAAACUCGAAGCCCACAAAAAUAGAAGAGCAACCAGACAUGAUCCCAGGCAGGUUGAGGACGAGAGGACCCUGUUGAGGCAGGCGACGAUUCCUGUCCUUGAGCAAGGUUUUGUCAAAACAGCAGUUUACGGCCAAGUAAUCAACAAGCUCGUCAACAUCCAUCCCACACCCGACAGAAAUAGUCAACUUGAUUGCGUGGUUUAUAAAGAUAUUAUGGAGUCCCUCAACAUUUUGGCUGGUCUGUCGACUCAAAUCACAGAAUUGGAUGAAAAGUAUUCUAAGGUAGCAGAUGAGAAAAGGGAAAUAGACAGGAAGUAUCGAGAUGUUUCGGUGGCUAUGCAAGAAAAACUGAGCGGAGAUGCGAGUGCAUUGCAUAAUGGAAUCAGACAGGAUAUCUUCUCUCUUGAUGACUUCGCCAAAAAGUAUGAUAAGAAGUGUAUGAGACUGCAGAUUCUUUACAUGUUGGUCAAGAUGAUAGUGAGCAAAUCCGGUGCCAAUUUUGUAGAAAAUCCAGGUUUGGUGAAGGUAUUGAAAAAGUUCAACCAACCCUUCUCUCUUGAAAAGGCACUAAAUCAAAUCAGAAGUGGUGAAGGACACAGUGAUGAUGAGGAGAGGGAAACAUGAGGUUGUUGUAAAAACAGUGGAAACAGCAGAAGUUUUGUCAUUAAUAAUAUGAAGGAAACUUGGGAUUUUAAAGUAUUUUCAUUUAACAUAUUCUAGAAUGGUCCGUCGUCCGUCAGAUUAAAAAUUUAUUUUUAUGCCUGAAAAGAUGUUCAGAUUUGUAUAAAUAAAAUUUGAACUGAAUUAUUUGUUGUGUUGUAAUGGAUUUUAAUAUUGUAAGUAACAAAAAUUUGCCUAAAACUGAUUGCCUGUUUCGCCCUUAUUAAUUUUAAGUUGAAAUAAUUUAACUAUUUGUAUUGUACUGGUAUUAAUUGUCAUUUAAGAAUCGAGAAAAAAUUUAUUUUUCUUUAAUAUUUUGCUUUCUUUUGAUUAUUUUUGUAAACCGCCUAUGCGCAC